AUGGGCGACGGCGCAGUGGAUGUGAUGGGGGAGACGACAGAGUCCCUGGAGUCGGUGCUGCAGAGCCUGCGGUGCCCCGGCUCUUGCGGCCGGCUGAUGGCGGCGCCCAUCCGGCUGUGCACGGAGGGCCACAGCGUGUGCGCGCGCCACCACCGUGGCGCCUGCCCGCUCUGCGGAGACCUCGUGCUCGAGCUGCGCGACUCGCGGCUCGAGGCGGUGGCGCGCGCCGUGCGCGCCGCGCCCUGCCAGAACCGCGCGCGCGGCUGCCAGUACCGCGCAGGCCUCGACGCGCUCGUGCGCCACCAGCGCUGCUGCGACGCGCGCCUCGCGCCCUGCGCGCUGCCCGGCUGCGCGUGGCGCGCGCCUCCCCACCACCUGGCCGCGCACGUCGCCGACGCGCACGCUGACCGCGCACUGCCCGCCGGCUGCCACCUGGACGCGGGCACGCUGCUGCGCGUCGACCGCGGCCACCGGCUCGUCGUCGCCGACUCGGGAGACGUCUUCGUCUUCCGCUACCGGCUCGACUCGGGCGGCGCUCGCCUGCUCGCCGCACUGCACUACGUCGGCCUGCACGAGAACGCUUCCAACUUCCGGUUCAGCUUCGAACUGACGUCUGCAGCGGGCACGGUGAGGCAAGUGCUGCCCGUCGCACCGGCGCCCGAAGACGGACCUCUCCCGGAGGACGAGCCCUUCUGCCUGGAAAAGAGUGCCGUCGUGGAAGGUGAGGAGCUGCUCAGAAUCCUCAAUGACGCCGAUGUCAAAUGUGUUGUCAGAGUGAGACAGGUGAAAUGCCUCAGUGCUCUUCCCAGCAGAAGGACUUCUGUGCCCUGGUUCUGACGACAGUGAUCAAAGACCUAAUAACUUUUAAAUACAUUAUGGGAGUGACAGUGGUCAAUGUGUUAUAAAUAUUUACUAUCAAAAACAGUCUUGAUCACAAUUUAUUUAUU